GUUGGCUAUACAUUGUUUUCUCGCACACAAGAUAAAAGCAUUAAUACCCAAAAAGCCCACUGCUCUCCCAUCUUACUGUGUUUAUAGAAACUGCUCUCCAGACCGGCUGGGGGAGCUUCUUCUGCCCAGCUACUUUGAUCUAAGUAUUUUAAGAUAGUUAAAGCAUUAAUGCCUUCCUCUUUUAUUUUAUAGGUGUGUGUUUGAGGACAUGGAUGAUGCUAUGCUCAUUACAGGGAUUAUUAUUUUUGCCAUGUAGCACCUGUUUCCUUCGUCCUCCGCGCAUGACACACAGCAGUGGUUGCAUCGUAAUAGGUUCUCAUCUUUCUGCAGGAUUUUCUCUGGUUUCUUAGGUUCUGAUUUGCUAAAAAUGAGCAGAGACGACUUCAUUCAGAUCUUUGGGCCUGCUGAUGGAAUCCGUCUUUUUAAUACAAUCGAGGGGAGGUGCAUGCAACCACGUCUCACUGUCUAUGUAUCUCAGCUGCAAAAUAGAUAUCAACCACAUGCAGGAACCAUUCAGACGUAUUCCUAAUACUCCGGCUUUUCAUUUUUUGUUUGUAGUCUACCAUGCCCUCUACCUGAAGGACCUUACUGUGUUUGAGCUCACUGAGAAGAUAGCCAAUCUAUAUAAUGUGCCCUCACAGCAGAUUCAUCAUGUAUACAGACAAAGGGCCGAAGGGGAUUUACGUCUUGGUUUCGGAUGCGAUGGUUCAGAACUUCACAGAGGAGACCAGCUUUAUAAUCAGCACUUUGAAAGAUAAAAGUAAUGAUGGUUACCAUGUUGUACUGAAGUGAUCAGCUACUAGAAAAUUAUGAAUCCUAAUAGCUUAUUUAACAGACUGUGUGCUUUUAAGUUUUAUAUGACCUGCAAGAAUGUGAUGUGAAUAAACAGAGAAGAGCUUUGUAUAACUAUACACUUCAGGGUUUUUUUUUAAGAGAAAAUGUUGUCAAAGUUGGUUCUUAACAUGUUUAAUUAAUUAUAAUAUUAAUUAUUGUUGCACUUUAUUAUGUUUUGUCAUUUAGAAGACAUUUUGAUAAAUGAUGAUGAGCACACAGUUGACAGGAUCCAUUGACUUUUAUAGUAUUUGUUUAUCCUACUAUGGAAGUUAGUGUUGAUUGUGUUCCUAUUAUCCUUUAUUUAAAUAUCUUCUUUUGUGUUUAACAGAAUAAAAAAACUCAUACAGUUUUUAAACAAUGCAAGUAAAUGAUGACAGAGUUUAUUUUUGGGUGAACUAUCCCUUUGGUGAUUGCGGUGGACAUUUUUAUUAAAUCCUUAGCUUCUUUGUUUGUGAAGUUUGUAUUUUUCUGUUGUAACGUUUUUUUUUAAUAAAUUUUUUUUUCAAAUAGCUAUUUGUAUACUACUAACAUCUAAGCAAGCUGUUUGUUUGGUGAC